CUGUUUUGGAAGCUUGCAUAGUGCCUUCUGGUACCAAGAAAGCUAAUCCCCAGGGAGGAUGCAUUCAGAAGCAACAUCACUGAAGUGUGUCACAUGCCACCUUCGCACACCGGCAGACCACUGCAGAAGAGGCUUCGGUGUUUGCCAUGCUCAGAAGUACGAAUCAUGCAUGAGCCUAAGGAUCUACUCCAAUAACACUCUCCAAAUAUCAUACAUGGUGUGUCAGAGAUUCUGCAAGGACUUGACAUACAACUUCAACAAUCGGACUUACAUCCAUAAAUGUUGUGAUGACGAUUUUUGUAACUUCAGAGUCUAAGAUAUACCCCAGACCUCAUUCUAGAAGGUCCAGAUGUUUUUCUUCCUUUACACUCUACUAACCCUGCCUUUCUGCCCCAUAUGCAUGGAGGAUACUCCUGCUCCUCCUUAACUCCACAUCAUCCUUCCUGGUUCCUUCAGCUUGGAUCUCUCUUUGGGCAGGAGAUGAUGAGGGAUCACAGUUUUAAACAAUAGAUUUUUUUCUCCUGUUACUAGAAUUGGCAUCUUCAUCUACUAAAAGACAUGUCCCAAGAAACUCUGUACAGUAAGAUAUGAAAUGGGACCACCCUAGAACUCUUCACUAGCUUAGAUAAUUGAGGUGGACCAGAAAGCCUUCAAUGGAAAACUCACAAAUAUUUUUAAUUGAACAUCUCACAAGUCACCACGAUGGUUAAGCUGAAACAGAACAAAGUGGAGGUGGGCAAUGAAGAUUUUGUUCUGUGAAUGC